AUGGCCCAGUUACGAGAAGGCCAAGAAACGGUCGCCAUCACGGGACUUGCUUGCCGCUUCCCAGGAGGUCACAAUUUAGAGAGCUUUUGGCAGUUUCUUUGUGAGGGGAAAUCGGCAUGGAGCGAAAUGGAUAGCUCCCGGUUCCACGCAGACGCCUUCUGGUCGGAAGAAAAGAGACGCAACAAGAGUAUUACAGGCGGUGCUCACUUUCUAAAGCAAGACUUUGCCUCAUUUGACGCCAAUUUCUUCGGCAUUAGUGCAACCGAAGCAGGGUCUAUGGACCCGCAGCACCGCAUCAUGAUUGAAGUAGCAUAUGAGGCACUUGAGACGGCAGGUUAUACAUUGGAGGAUUUGGCGGGAACGCGCACUGGGGUGUUCAUGGGACACUUUACGAGCGAUUGGAAAGACACCAUGUACCGUGAUGCAGACGCAGCACCGCAGUACUCAGCUACGGGGCCCUUGGCCAGCUCUUUUGCGAACCGCAUCUCGUGGCUGUGGAACUUGCGCGGACCUAGUUUCUGCGUUGAUACGGCCUGUAGUUCGUCGCUUGUGGCACUACAUCUAGCUUGCCAGAGCUUACAUACAAGAGAAUCAGACAUAGCCAUUGUGGGAGGUUCAAACUUGCUCAUCAACCCAGACAUGUUUCUAUUUCUCUCGGGACAGAAUUUUCUCUCCCCGGAUGGCAAGUGCAAGCCGUUUGAUGCGUCCGCCAAUGGAUACGGACGUGGGGACGGUUUUGCAGCCAUAAUCCUUAAGCGAGCGGGCGAUGCUAUUGCCGCCUCCGAUCCCGUACGAGCCAUGAUACGUGGAACAGGGGUGAACCAGGAUGGACAUACCAAAGCACUUUUUCUGCCCAGCGCAGAUGCGCAGGCUGAGUUAAUCAGUGAGGUUUAUCGCUCUGCUGGCUUAGACUUCAGAGAGACAAUGUAUGCCGAAGCACACGGUACUGGCACGCAGGCUGGAGACGCAGAAGAAGCAUUGGCGCUGUCUAGAACACUGUCAGCGCCUGGGGUACGGAACCAGAAACUACUUCUGGGAUCAGUUAAGGGCAAUAUCGGCCAUACCGAGGCAGCCGCGGGUAUAGCCAGCGUGAUUAAGGGCGUCCUUAUGCUCGAGCACGGAAUCAUCCCGCCGACGAUCAACCACAUAAAUCCAAAUCCCAAGAUUGACUUUGACACGUACCAGCUUCGUGUUCAAACUAAACUCACACCUUGGCCCACAGACGGAGUUCGGCGCCUUAGCAUAAAUGCCUGCGGAUAUGGCGGGACUAAUGCCCACGCCGUUUUAGAAGACGCCUACCAUUAUCUCCAGUCUAGAGGGAAGAUUACACCGCAUUUUACGAAGGAGGGACUCGUUCAUAGGCUAAAGAGCUCCUCGUACAAUGAACGGGCAAAGCCCACUCCACGUCUGAUCCCUAUCAGUGCCCAGGACCGCGACGGAUUGAAGCGUGUCAAAAGCUCUCUGGCCAAUUACGUGCGCUUGAAAACACCAAAUUUGGAUGACUUAGCGUAUACUAUCAGCAGCAAGCGAUCGAGGCUGCAAUGGAAGACAUUUGUCACGGCUGAUUCGCUCGAGGAGCUCGCGUCAUCGCUGGAGGUUGAGGAUAGUGGCACCGUUGAGUACCUAUCAUCACGUAAACCACGCAUCGGUUUUAUCUUUACGGGCCAGGGUGCACAGUGGCCCGGUAUGGGCGCGCAACUUAUGGACUUUCCCGUUUUCCGCUCCAGCGUUGAAGCUGCUGAUGAAUACCUGCGCACCCAGCUGAGUUGCAAGUGGAGCGCCGUCGAGGAGUUAAAACGUGGCAAGGCCACGUCGCGGGUUGGCGACGCUCUAUACUCCCAGGCUCUAUGUACUAUAUUGCAAGUCGCACUCAUAGAUAUGCUGAACCACUGGUCCAUUAAACCCGUGGCGGUCGCUGGCCAUUCCAGUGGCGAAAUCGGCGCUGCAUAUUGCGCUGGAUAUCUUACUCGUGAGGAUGCCUGGAAAGUCGCGUAUGAAAGGGGCAUCGUAUCAGGCAGCUUGAAGACCAUUGUACCCGAGCUUCAAGGCGCCAUGAUGGCUGUGGGAACAUCCCCAGAAAAGGCAGAAUCCUUUAUCGAACGUGCCUGUCAGAACGGCGAAGUUGGUGUGGCGUGCGUCAACUCUCCUUCCAGUGUCACCUUGUCUGGUGACGCAGAAAGUAUUGAUAAGCUGGAAACAAUGUUUUCGGAAGCAGGAAUCUUUGCACGCAAGUUACGGGUUGACACAGCAUAUCACUCUCAUCACAUGCAUCGUGUAGCACGAGACUACCUCGAGAGGAUAGCGGAUAUCCGACCCAUUACACAGUCCUUGCGGGAUAUCACAAUGCACUCUAGUGUGAUACCCGGCAUAGUCUCCCCCGGAGAACUGGGAGCAGGGUACUGGGUCCGGAAUCUCAUCUCACCGGUACAGUUUGCUCAAGCCGUCCAAAAUCUUGUGCGGCCCAUGGUAGAUGGAAAGCACUCGACAGAAAAUGCUGUUGAUGUCCUGGUGGAAAUUGGCCCUCAUCCAGCUCUCCAAGGACCGUCCACACAGAGUCUCAAGGGGAUUGGCGUCACUAACAUGGACUAUUUGUCAACUCUUGUGCGUAAUGCCAAUGGCAUUGACCUUGCUAUAUCACUCGCAGGCAAUCUUGUCGCCCGUGGCUCUCCGGUUGAUCUCGUCCAAGUGAAUGCCCAAGACUCUUCUACUUAUAAUCCCCACCUUCUUGUGGACCUUCCUGCCUAUCCUUGGAGCCACACACGUAGAUUCUGGACCGAAUCUCGUAUGGCAAGAGGAUAUCGGCUACGCGAAGGCAGCCACAAGAGGCUUCUUGGUUCACGAAUGUCAGCCGUAGCUGCCGAAGAACACGUAUGGCGUGGCCAUAUACGACUGUCGGAAGAGCCGUGGGUAUCUGAUCACAAAAUCCAUGGAUCAAUAUUGUACCCUGCGGCAGGGUUCUUAGCCAUGGCUAUCGAAGCCGCUCUUGAAAGCGCAGAUACGACGCGGCAAGUCACUGGCCUUUACCUGCGUGAAAUACAGUUUGUGGCAGCCAUGAUCGUCGCCCCGGAUAGUGAUGGUGUUGAGUACACCAUCAUUCUGCGACCACACCUUUCGGGUACUCGAGGCACGACCUCGGCGUGGAUGGAGUUCUCCGUUGCAAGUUCGCCCGACGGAAGCAGUCUCACACAAAACUGCUUGGGGCUCAUCCAGGUCAAGUAUGAUGUUUCAAAUCAACGAGAGGAUGUGACACGUGAACUACGAUUGAAGGAUGAGAAAACUGUGGAACAGUACCAGGAUGCUGUUUCAGUCUGUAAAGUCGUGCGACAUACUAAAGACUUCUAUACAAAGCUAGACAGCCUUGGCCUCAAUUACGGUGAAGCCUUCAGAAACGUGACAGAGCUGCACUCUCGUAUGGGUCAAAGUUUGGGAACUGUCACUAUUCCUGAUGCUGGACUGAAUCCAAACAAGAGGCAACGACGUCCACAUGUUGUACACCCAACUACGUUAGAUGCUGUUUUCCACCUUGCAUUUGCAGCGACUACCGCCAACGAACUCAGGCAACCAAUGGUACCUCGCUUCCUUGCCGAGCUAUUCGUUGCCGUUGACAUGCCGUUUACCGCGCAUGCGCAGUUGAAAGGGUUCUCGACUUCUGCAAAGCAUGGUCUCAAGGAGCUUCGUGCAGAUAUCAACAUUCUGGAUGAAACACAGACCCGUCCUGUGCUUACUGUCACCGGAUUGACGUGUGCUGAAGUGGUCGGUCCUACCUCACUUAAGCCCAUCAACGUGUCAAAGAAACUAUGUAGCAAGAUAGUUUGGAGACCUGCAGUUGAUAUUUUGACUCCUGAAGAAAUCAAUAGGGCAAUCACAUCAGCCAGCUGCAAGGAUAAGAUAGAUGCAAAUGCAGAAAUGCAAAUAGCAGAGUACAUCAAACUAUUACAUCACAUCAAUCCGCAGUUAUCCAUCUUGGAGUUUGCACAAUCAGAAAGCCUGUGGGCUAGCUUGGAGCUCGACGAUAUCAUCGACACCGCAGAAUAUACUGUUCUUUGCGACACCGAGCACGCUGCCGAUGCAGUACGGGAAACGUUGCCUGAUCGAGGUGUCACUUGCCGUGCUUCCAAAAUAGAUGAAGGCAUACUAGACUACGAAAAAGGGAGAUCUGAUAUCAUUAUCGCUUCUACAAUGACAGUUACUAGUCCACAGACGGACGAAAAGGUAAAGCCACUUCUCAAGCCCGGUGGCAAGUUAUGUCUCUUGGGGGACGUCAAAAAUACUAGGACAAUCGAGGAACGUCUGCACAGUGUUGGGUUUUCCACUCUCGUGUCAAACAAGACAGCGUCUACAAAAUCAUAUUUGAUACUGGAGUCACCUAAAGAGGCCGGAAUUAACGGUGACAAGUUCUCAUCUGAUGACGAAGUCAUGAUAAUUCAGGUUCCUCAACCGUCUAGGGCUGUUCAAGAAGUAGCCAUGCAGUUUUCUAUUGAACUGGCUGGUAUGGGUUACACAACGAAGUUACAUACUUGGGGAAUUGACAGCAUCUCCAACAUUAGACGCAAGCCGUGCGUGUCCCUACUGGAGCUGGAGAAGCCAAUACUGCAAGAUUUGGAGGAGGUCAACUUUGAGGGUAUAAAGAAGCUUAUCCUUGAUGCCGGCAGUGUCUUAUGGGUUGUCGGUGUGGAUGCAGCAGCGGGAGCUAUGAUAAAUGGCUUGAUGCGUGUGGUGCGCAACGAGGUUCCAGGGAUCAACCUGCGGACGGUCAACUCUCCUUUUUGCUCAGCUUCAGAUUCAUUGAUAGCAGCGAAACGUCUUGCCGGUCUCCUGGCUCGGGUAUUUGUUUCCGAGAGCACUGACAACGAAUUCUGCAUCCAGGAUGAUGUCGUAAAAGUCAGCCGCAUCAUCGAAGACCUAGUAAUCAACGACGAGCUAAACCGUGUCAGCAAUGAUAGUAAAGAGACAGAUGUGGUUUAUAGAAAAGCCUUGAAAGAUGUACCGGGGCCAGUCAAGCUAGCAAUAGGUCAAAUGGGAAUUUUGGACUCACUUCGCUUUGAGCACGAUCCUCUGGCGUCUACGGAGCUCAAAGACGACGAGAUUGAAGUCCAGGUUAAGGCAACUUCGCUUAACUUCCGCGAGGUGAUGGUUGUGAUGGGCCAAAUCCCCGAUACCCUGCUCGGAUUUGAUGCCGCUGGUGUGGUGAAGCGCGUUGGGUCCAGUGUAGACAAGUUCAAAGUAGGAGACAGGGUUGUCAUGUGUGAGCAUGGUGCUCAUAGGACAAUACACCGUGCCAAGGCGAGCUUCUGUGCCCACAUCCCAGCACGACUCUCGUUCGAACAAGCGGCGUCAGUCCCAACAGUCCAAGCAACGGCCUGGUAUGGUCUAGUCUCCCUGGCGCGUGUCCACAGGGGACAGAGCAUCCUUAUACAUGCUGCUGCAGGUGGCGUGGGACAGUCAGCAAUCCAGGUUGCACAGCACUUUGGGUUAGAAGUUUUUGUGACAGUAGGUUCCAAAGCUAAGAGAGAGCUCGUUCGCAACGAGUACGGAAUACCGGACGAUCACAUCUUCAAUAGUCGUGAUCUAAGUUUCGCAGAUGGCAUACGCCGGAUGACGGGCGGCAAGGGCGUCGACGUGGUGCUCAACUCGCUAACUGGCGAAGCUCUGCGUGAAACAUGGCAUUGCAUCGCCCCCUUUGGGUAUUUCAUCGAGAUUGGUCUCAAAGACAUCCAGGCCAAUACACGCAUUGAUAUGGCCCCUUUCGCGCGGAACGUAACGUUCAGUUUUUUCAACUUGAAUCUAAUAGCCAGGGAACAGCCCGAGCUUUUCGCCGCGAUUAUCGAAAAUACCUUUGACUUUCUGGAGCGUGGUAUAACCCGUCCCGUCACUCCAGUGAUAACGUACUCAAUCGGCGAUAUUGAGGGUGCCUUCCGCUUGAUGCAGACCGGAAAGCAUGUCGGCAAGAUCUCUAUCUCAUAUGAAGAUGACGCUGUCGUUCCCGUAGUACGCAGCACGAGCCAUCCACAGUCACUGAAACUCGAUUCAAACGCCAGCUACGUUUUGGUUGGUGGGUUAGGUGGACUAGGUCGUAGCUUGGCGUCUCUACUUGUAGAGAAUGGAGCGCGGAAGCUCUGUUUUCUAUCCCGCUCUGGGGCCAAGACCCUCGAGGCUCAGAGACUCAUGCAGGAGCUAUCAGCAAGUGGUGUACAAGCCUUGGCCCUUGAAUGCGAUGUUUCCGUCGCGGUCUCCCUCCGAGAAGCUCUGGCUAAGUGUGUCAAGGACUUGGGACCUGUAAAUGGUGUGAUCCAAUGCGCCAUGGUUUUGCGUGAUACCCUCUUCACCAACAUGACAUACAUGCAGUGGGUUGAAUGUACACGGCCAAAGGUCCAAGGAACGUGGAAUUUACACGUGGAACUACCUGACGUGAACUUCUUUAUUGUGCUAUCCUCCUUCGCUGGCAUCUUUGGCAACCGAGGCCAGUCCAAUUACGCUGCUGCUGGUGCAUUUCAAGAUGCUCUUGCGCAUCUACGACGCUCACAGAAUAAAAAAGGGCUGAGUCUAGACCUUGGAAUCAUGCGUGACAUUGGUGUACUGGCUGAGAAUGGCAUUACAGAGUCUCUACGUGAGUGGGAGGAGCCAUAUGGCAUUCGAGAAAGUGAGUUCAGCCAAUUCCUCAAACUCGCGAUUGCAGGCGACAUAGCCGGCACCCUGGAUGCUCAGGUGGUUACCGGUCUGGCGACGGGCGGUAGCGUCGUAUCAAACAACAUAACGGAGCCUUUCUACCUGUCGGAUGCCAAAUUUGCCAUCAUGGCGAGGAUGGGGUUGCGCGAGCAACAACAGAACUCUACCAUGAGAGCCAAUUCUGUAACAGACUCAGUGGGAGGCCUUGUAGCCAAGUCAACAUCAGUAGCCGAGGCUGCGGAGCACGUGAAAACCGCACUGAUACAGCGUGUUGCCAAAAUGCUACAAACACAGACCUCGGAAAUCGACACGAGUCGGCCCUUGCACUCCUACGGAAUUGACUCUCUUGUGGCCAUUGAGGUGGUUAAUUGGGCGUUUAAAGAGCUCAAAGCUACUCUCACCGUUUUCGACAUUAUGGCAGCGGUUCCUAUCAUGACCACAGCAGCGAAGAUGGCGGCUGGCUCUGCUUGGUUGUCCAAGGAAGUUGCUGCAGCAUCAUGA